GACCAACAUGAAGGAGCUUUCUGGCAACUGUAUUGUGAUGUAUAUGAGCUUUCUUUAUCAUGUGUUAAAGAAAUCGAAGAUGCUUGACAUGAUUGGCUUCGUAGACCCUGCACACACUGGUGUCAUUGGCUGUGGAAAUCCGACUGAACGGGCUCGUUCUUUGUCAGCUUCUUAUGAAAGAGGGAAGCCUGGUCAGAUUUUUUUGGUGCCCUAUAACUCAGGCUGUCAUUGGAUGUUGACGGUGGCGAACCCCACUGAAGAAAUUGUGUAUUUCAUGGAUCUGCUAAAGAGGCGACUCGUCACCGGUGAAUGGAGAACUAUUGUGGACAACUCCAUCAAAAUAUUCAAUGCACAAAAGCAUAGGAAAGGCCGAAAGACAGUUCAAUGGAAAAACUGUGCAGGCAUUCCGGAGCAGAUGGGUGAUAAGACUUGUGGAUAUUGGAUUAUGCAUUACAUGAGGGAUAUAGUGGAGGACAAAAACCAAGAGUUGAGUGCUAAGUGGGAAAGAAAAGCAAAUCACUAUUACACAAUGGAGAAUGUUGAUGUUGUCCGGGCAGAGUGGGCAAAGUAUGUUAUGAAGUUCAAAGAUAACUAGUGCAUGUGUAGGUUAACUAGUAGUUGGAGAUAUGUAGCAUCAACUUUUUGGACAUGCAUAG